AUGCAGUAUAUGGAGCCGGAGGAGCUGCAAUGGUUCUUGGCUGAGGCCACUUCUCUCGCCGAUACGAAAAGGAUCGUAGCAGAAGUGCUUCGCCGGAGACAUUCCGUUGGUACCAGUCUCCGAAGGCAAGCUCUCACCUUCGCCUAUUAUCUCUUUUCCUCCGACCUUAAUCCACCGGUCAGGUGA